GUACCGAGUAUCGUCGUAGUCAGACCGGCUACCUUGACCAUGAUUUUUAUUUCUGCAAUGGGACAUGGGAUUCGGUGCUCCAACGUGACUUGUUAAACACAUAUGUCAUUUGUUGAAACUUGUUUAUCAAACCCUCGACAGAACGUGAUCCAUAUAAUAAACUGUACACCAGGGGGCGUAACUACAACUUACCUAGAGUACAGGCAGCAGAUAUACGUCGGAGAUUACAAUUAUCAGACCGGCGAGUACAUCAGGUCAUCUGACCCUGACACGGCUGACCACACGCUGACCAAAGCGGAUCGAGCACAGCCAUGCCCACUAAAGGUUUGACCGAACGGUUGGCUGACGGCGAGAGUCUGGUAGUGGCGGAAGGAUACCUGUACGAGUUUGAGCGUCGAGGUUAUCUAAAGGCCGGGGCAUUUGUACCGGAAGUGGUCCUUGAACACCCUGAACAGCUCCGCCUACUCUCAGAAGAAUUCGUCCACGCUGGCAGUGACACCGUAGUGGCCUAUACGUACUACGGUCAUCGAGAGAAACUCCGUGCGAUAGGCCGAGAGGAUGACCUUGAGAAACUUCAGAGGACGGCCCUACAAAUCGCCCGGGAGGUGGCGGACAAGACGGGAACUCUGAUGGCGGGGGACAUCUGUAAUACAACAGUGUAUGACAAAGAUGACCCCGAGACACACCGUGAUGUCACAGCCAUGUUCAAAGAACAGGUGGAAUGGGCUAUGGAGUACAACGUGGAUUACAUCAUUGGAGAAACGUUUAACGACUUUGGAGAAGCCCUCCUCGCUCUGGAGGCCAUCAAGACGUACGGCAAAGGUGUACCUGCUGUCAUCACCUUUGCCCCGUCCAGUGCCUAUAGUACGUUUGACGGUUACCUCUAUGGAGACGCGUGCCGGAAGUUGGAAGAGGCUGGCGCAGCCGUAGUUGGUGUUAAUUGUAACAGAGGACCGAAGAGCAUGCUUCCAAUCGUACGUGACAUCAUCAAAAGCUGCAAAGGACCAGUGGCCUGUUUACCGAACCCGUACCGAACGACGGACGAACAUCCUACGAUGCACUCUCUGAAGGACGCGGACACAGGUAAGAUGGCCUUUCCCGACGACCUUCCCGCCUGGCUCUGUAGUCGGACACAAAUCAGGGCGUUUGCCAACGAGGCCAAGGAGAUGGGUGUCCGCUACAUCGGUCUAUGCUGUGGAAACGCCUCAUACUACACUCGUAUCGUGGCAGAAGUGUACGGACGAACACCCCCGGCCUCCAAGUACUCCUCAGAUAUGUCUCAACACUUCGUGUACGGCGAUGAAAAGUUCGCCAAGAAGUAUUUCUCGGCCGGACUGAAGGCCAAAUUGGCAACCAAUGAAUAGACACUUGACAAUUCCUGGCCAAGGGUUUGGUUAAUAGCAAUCGAGAUAUGUUGCAAUAUAUUUCCGGGGAGGACACUCCCCCAUCGGACUGUCUGCGCAAAUGUUUUCUCCAAAAGAUUUUUUGGAUACGAUUUUUCAUGAAUACAUUUGUCGCCUCAAUGAUAUACUUUCAUCUCAUUUUUGCAUUGACAUACAUGUAUAUCUAUUACAUUAUGUUACAUUAUGGAUAUGAUACACAAUCGAAAUUGGAAAAGCAUUUUGACUUUGGGGUUGUUUUAACAGGUGCCUUCCAUGUAAUGAUCAUCUACUUAUGGUUAAACUAACUGUUGGAAAUGUUCGGUCAUAGAGACCAGAUUCAAUUUACGUUUAGUAAAGAAAUGUCGCAGAUGAAAAUAAAAAUAUAAUAUACAGCAUACUGUAUUAUAUCUGA